ACUUUAAUAUUAAAAUCAAAUGAAAAUGAAGAUAGAAGAAGAGUAAUUGAGAAAGAAAUUUCAUGAAGAUGUUCGUAAAAUCUUUGUCUAAUAAAAAAUCUCAAGGAUAUACAAAACGUUGAAGAAUUAAUUAUUUUGUAAAAAAAAAGAAAAAAAAAGAAAAGAGAAGGAGAAGAAGACAAAACAAAAUGUCGGUAGUCGAUCAGAACAGAGAGGAAAGAAGUAAUCGAAAUCAAAGCGAUGACGUUGUUGUCGCAAUUGGAAAAAAUUCAACCGAUGAUAUAUUUCUAAUACAGGAAUAUUUCAAUACAACUUUUCUCGACGUUAAUGCAACCGAGGAGAUUGAUUCAUUUUAUUUCUACGAGACCGAACAAUUUACAUUAUUGUGGUUACUAUUCGCUGUGAUCGUUGCUGGUAACACUGCUGUUCUAGCUGGUCUCUUGUUGGGUAAACGUCGAAAAUCUCGGAUGGAUUUCUUCAUCAAGCAACUGGCUUUCGCAGAUCUUUUAGUCGGUUUGAUAUCAGUUCUGACGGAUAUAAUUUGGAGAACUACGGUCACCUGGCAUGCUGGAAACAUUGCCUGCAAACUCAUUCGGUUUAUGCAAGCCGUCGUUACCUAUAGUUCUACUUAUGUAUUGGUUGCAUUAUCGAUCGACAGAUACGAUGCUAUUACUCGACCGAUGAACUUUUCAGGAAGUUGGUGGAGAGCUCGAGUGUUGGUGGUGGUUGCUUGGAGUCUCUCAGCACUCUUCAGCACUCCCAUCAUCUUUCUCUACGAGGAGAAACGUAUACAAGGAAUGAAGCAAUGCUGGAUAGACUUGGGAUCACCGAUUCAAUGGAGGAUUUACAUGAGUUUGGUGAGCUUUACCCUGUUCAUAGCUCCCACCCUUAUAAUAGGAGGCUGUUAUAUGGUCAUCGUAGCAACGAUAUGGUCACAAGGAAGCGCAUUACGUCAGGGUCCAACCAGGGAUAUCAGAAGAGCUUCGUCCAGGGGUCUUAUACCACGAGCAAAGAUCAAGACCGUUAAGAUGACCUUUGUCAUAGUGUUUGUAUUCAUCCUUUGCUGGAGUCCAUAUAUAAUCUUCGAUCUUCUACAAGUUUACGGACACGUACCAAAAACCCAGACGAACAUUGCAGUAGCUACUUUUAUACAAAGUCUAACGCCAUUGAAUUCCGCUGCCAAUCCCAUCAUCUAUUGUCUUUUCAGUACGCCAUUCUGCAAAAAUGUACGGAACAUGCAGGCGAUUUCCUGGGUUUCGGGAUGGUGCACUGCAAAUCCACAUCACUGCUUUGGCACCGGUGGUGCUAAAACCACAAGUACGAGGACGACAGUGACGACGUCCCUGACGGCACAUUCAUCUCGUAAAAGUGGACCAGGGAUGCUGCACUCGACAACUUCGAGAAAGCACGUGAUGGUGUCAUUGGUUUAAAUUGUUUAAAAGAUCCACCGAGAGAAAGAGAAAUAAUAUUUGAAACUUUUAUUUUUACUUAUGUUUCUUUUUCUAACUCUCAAAGAAAAUCUCGACAAAAUUCUUGAACAGCCUACCUACUUGCAACCCACCAAUCAACCAAUUCUUUCGUUUACCCGAGCAAGCAAACUCGGCUUUAUUUUAACAAUAAAUCACUUUAAGGCAUCUUUCAUUCUAAAGUAAAUACUUCUUUCGAUCUCUUUUUACAAAAAACUCUUUGAAUAAAAAAAGAACUACUGUUAGAAAUAAUAAAUCACCGAAGCGAUCGCCAUACAAUCAUUACAAUUAGAUUUUCUUUGAAUUUACAAUACAGUAUAGAAAUAUUUUUCUCGUAGAAAAAUAUAUAUUCCAUAAUUACUUUUAAUUUUCUACCUUUCGAUAUCUUAUCGAGAAUAUCUAAAAAAAAAAAAAAA